GUUAGGUCACAGUCUUCAAUGAGUAGACAUAUUCCUCAGUUCUGUGGUGUUCUCGGUCACACAUUUAUGGAGUUUCUGAAGGGCAGUGGAGAUUACUGCCAGGCACAGCAUGACCUCUAUGCAGACAAGUGAACUGCAGAAAUUCAUUACUGCUCAACCAAGAAGCCCCCAAAAGACUGGUUAACCUGGACACAGAAGUGUUGAAUUGAAAUCCACAGAGCAUUUUUAUACAAGAGUUCUGAUCUGGAUGGGGUAAACCUCAGUGCACUUCCUUUCUAUUGCCUCAGUAUUACUGGAUUGAAGAAUUGCUGCUUCUUGUUAAGAGGUUCAUUCAUUCAUUACUCCCAACUUCAUACUUAAAAGCACUGAGAAUUUCAAGUGGAGUAUAUUAAAGUUGACUGUGUUUCUUUGCAUCAUUUCUGUAUUCAAUUUUUUAAAUUCUUUCAUAUCCCUAUUGAGUGUUUUUUAACUAAAUUAACAUGGCUCGAAUGAACCGCCCAGAUCCUGUGGAAGUUACAUACAGGAACAUGAGAUUUCUUAUUACACACAACCCAACUAAUGCAACGUUAAGCAAAUUUAUAGAGGAACUUAAGAAGUAUGGAGUUACCACAAUCGUAAGAGUAUGUGAAGCGACUUAUGACACUACUCUUGUUGAGAAAGAAGGCAUCCAUGUCCUUGAUUGGCCUUUGGAUGAUGGCGCACCAGCAUCUAACCAGAUUGUUGAUGAUUGGUUAAGUCUUGUGAAAAUUAAGUUUCGUGAAGACCCUGGUUGUUGUAUUGCUGUUCAUUGUGUUGCAGGCCUUGGCAGAGCUCCAGUGCUUGUUGCCCUAGCAUUAAUUGAAGGUGGAAUGAAAUAUGAAGAUGCAGUACAGUUCAUAAGACAAAAGCGGCGAGGAGCUUUUAACAGCAAGCAACUUUUGUAUUUGGAGAAGUAUCGUCCUAAAAUGCGGCUGCGCUUCAAAGACUCCAAUGGGCAUAGAAACAACUGUUGCAUUCAAUAAAACCAGGGUGCAUGAUGCCAUUGAUUGGAAGUGCAACCUGAGACAGGAUGGAAUUUGUCGUACAUAGCAGAUAGCCCGGUUGACUUGGUGAAUAAGUCUGAUGAAGCUUCCAUAAGGAGUGUUGAAAAGCAGUUUUACCAGGCCAUAGGCCUGGCAGAAUUGUAGUCUCUGUUCAGGUUAUGAUCAACCUAUUUGGAUACUAGUAAAGAAUUCUUGCUGUUCAGCAUUUAAUAUGUGCUUAUAAUUUGUACCAAUUGACCUUUCCUGAAAUCAUGCAGUAUUGAGUCAUGUCAUUAAAUCUGUUUCCAUGCCAGAAUCUUACCAAUAUGUAAGAAAUUUAGAAAGACUAGGUGCCAAAAUACCCAGCACAAUACUUGUAUAUUUUUAGUAUCAUAUAGAACAAAUCCCAGGAACUAUGAACACUCUGGACCUUAUGUGGUUUAUUCCUUGCAUCAUUUCAAACAUAGAAAAUAGGGCCUAUGAGGUUUGUUUGCUCACAAUAUGUUUACAUCUCCCACACUCAUACCAGUAUCCAUCAGAUUUGCUCCCUUUUUAAUUAACCAAGUCUUACAGUGAUUAUUUAAUAUCUUUCUAUAAAUCUCAUUUUAUGUUGUAGAAGGCCUCCAUUUUGAAAAUCUACAUUGUACAGAAGCACAUGUCUUUAAUGUCUCCAGAUAAAAGCCUUACAGUUCAUUUUAAUGUUUGCACUUUGGGGUGCAACUUACAGGGAGGGCCUGAAAAAAGAAUGGGAGGGGACUAUUAAGUAUUUUUAGUAAAAUGUUGCCUUUGUCUUGUGCAGAACAUGUAGAAUAUGCGCUUUAAUUUAGUAAAUAUUUUUUUAAAAGGUAGAAAUACUUUGUUACUGUAACUAAAACAAUUCUUAA